AUGGUAGGAAGCGUCGUAAACGACUCCGGGGUGCUUCUCCAGGUCAUCGGGAAAGUGAAGCCGCCGGCAGAGGAGAUCGAACCGGCCGAGAUCGCAGGGACCCGUUCCGCUCAGUUGGGGAGAGAAAAUGGGAGGAAGAAGGAAAUCCUGCUCGGGAGGAACCUGCACUCGUCCAGCUUCGGGAUUACAGAGCCCGAGGCAGACGAAGAACUCACCAGCGACCGCGAGGCUUACAUGGCCAGCGUGUUGGCCAAAUACAGACGAAACCUCGUGGAGAGGACCAAGCACCAUCUAGGUAAAGGAACGGCCGUCGAUCUCGUUCUGAGACGAGAGAGAAACGAUAAUCUCAUAUCAGUAUUUCCUGAUCUACUGUGUUUUAGGGUACCCGUAUAAUCUAGACUUCGAGUACGGCGCUCUGUCGCAGCUCCAGCCCUUCUCCAUCAACAACCUGGGGGACCCCUUCAUCGAGAGCAACUAUGGCGUCCACUCAAGGCAGUUCGAGGUGGGGGUGUUGGACUGGUUCGCCCGCCUGUGGGAGCUAGAGAAGAACGAAUACUGGGGCUACAUUACCAGCUGUGGCACAGAAGGCAAUCUGGAUGGUAUUCUUAUCGGGUUCGUACCAGAUCAUACAAGCCCUCUCUCUCUCUCUCUCUCUCUCUCUCGCUCUCACUCGCUCACUAACUCACUCUCCUCACGUGCGAUGCUUCUUCUUGACCGGCAGAGGCGAGAGAUCUUCCCGGACGGAGUCCUGUACGCUUCGAGGGAGUCCCACUACUCGGUGUUCAAGGCCGCGAGGAUGUACAGAAUGGAUUGCGUGAAGGUGGAGACGCUGAUCUCCGGCGAGAUCGACUGCUCCGGUUUCCAGGUCAAACUUCUGGAGAACAAGGAGAGGCCAGCCAUCGUCAACGUCAACAUCGGUCGGUUCUGCUCCGAAUACCUCACAGACCUUUCUUUUUCUUCUUCGUCUUCCUCCUCCUAUCUGGCACUCGCCUCAGCUCCGACUACCAUUGAGUGGCGCAGGGACGACGGUCAAGGGAGCGGUCGACGAUCUCGAUCUCGUCAUCAAGUUACUCGAGGAGUCCGGCUUCGAGAAUCGCUUCUACAUCCACUGCGACGGCGCGCUCUUCGGCCUCAUGAUGCCCUUCGUGAAACGAGUGAUCACCCCCCCUCGAUACGCCAUUGACAAGGAGCUCCCCAAGCUCGAACUGCGCUGAAUGUUUGAGAUUUCCCUUGCCGCAGGCGCCGAAGGUGACGGACCUUCUUUUUCGCUCACUCCCAACUCUAUUUUGUAGUAGAUGUAAAAAGACAAACCACAUUUCAAUAAAUGUCUAA